ACCAGCAACCACGUGACACACCCUCCCCUCUCCGUCUGCUGCUGAAGUUAUAUCCCGGCAUCCUCCGGGGUCUGCUCUCUCUUUCCGGGAACCAAGAUGUCUAAGAGAGGACGUGGAGGUUCUUCCGGUGCGAAGUUUCGCAUCUCCCUCGGUCUCCCUGUGGGAGCCGUCAUCAACUGUGCAGAUAAUACAGGUGCCAAGAACCUGUACAUCAUCUCUGUGAAAGGGAUUAAGGGUCGACUGAACAGACUGCCAGCUGCUGGUGUUGGCGACAUGGUGAUGGCCACAGUAAAAAAAGGAAAACCUGAACUUAGAAAAAAGGUGCAUCCGGCAGUGGUAAUACGACAACGAAAAUCAUACCGGAGAAAAGACGGGGUAUUUUUGUAUUUUGAGGAUAAUGCUGGGGUGAUAGUGAACAAUAAAGGGGAGAUGAAAGGUUCAGCUAUCACAGGACCAGUGGCAAAGGAAUGUGCAGACCUGUGGCCCAGGAUCGCCUCUAAUGCAGGAAGCAUUGCAUAACUAAUACCCUCUUUGUAAAAUAAAAUAUGGUUGUACCAAA